CGUCACUCUAUCCUAAAGAAUGUACCUCCGGGUGCUGUCUGCUUUCGUCUCAAUAAUCUUGGGCUGUUCAAGUGUCUAGUCGGGAUAUCGGUGUUUACUGGAUCGGCCGCUUCGUUUGGUUACUUGACGUGAAUGAAAACAACUCCACAUCCCACAACACUUUCAUGUUCUGAGAAGCUUCAAUUCGAUACUUCUGGAACUCUCAAAAGUUUAUCUCACCCAAAGCAAAUUUUACAAGUAAUACUUGUAUCCAAGGCGAGAUCGGUUUCAAUGGCAGAUUUCUGGACUGAAAGUGGUCUGGUAUCUCCAGGCUUCUUUGCCUGCUUGAAGACGAAUCAUGGCAACUACUGUACUAUCAUCAAAGGCAACGACAGCGCGCUCAUCGUUGGAGUCUCGUUCGAGUCCAUCAAAGACCGGGAGAAUCCAUGUAUCAUCGUGAUCCUUGGGGCUGAGCGAGAUCUCAAAGGUGAAGGGGACUUAACCCAACCGUCAUACCACCAUUUACACUGCAAAAUCCCACUGGCCAGUCUCAAUGUCCAAUCGAUACACAUUGCGGUCAUCGACAAGAAAAACAAGUUGUUCGAGCAUUACACCCACUUCAACCAAGUCGAUAAUGACGAUACUGCUACUACGGCUCCAGAGCUGUUCUCCCUCUCAUUCACCACAAGCUCUAUCAUGGUAGAUUCGCAACAUGCCGGAUUCCCGCAAUUCAAAAUCCCAACUUUGGGUCGGAAAAUCCAAGAGUUUGCCCUCCAGGCACAGAGUACGACGUCGAGCAAGCCUGUCAACCUGGGAUUGCUACUUUGCAGUCGUGACCCUGAAACCGUCUUGGUAAAUAUCCAGGAGCUUGGGGAUGUUCUUCGUGGCUUGGAUAACAAAAACGAGAGGAAAGUACCUAGGCGCUCGUUUUCUCCUGAUCGUGGUCGUGAUGGACGAACCCUCCGUGAUCGCUACGAAGAAAGCAAUGUCCAAGAAGUUGCGUCGUCACCCUUUGUGGCAUCGCCAGGCAAGGAGAACUGUUCCAGCACCGCCUCACCAGCUGUCGAAAAGGGACAUGUUAGAGCACCCUCUUUGGCCGAGACAUUUGUACCGACAUGUUCGCCUGAGCAAAUCGACAUACUUGGUUACAUGAAAGACAUUACAGCUAUGAUUCGAGAUUCGAGGGUUACAGAUUCGAUGGACAAGAUGAAAGUACUACGGAAUGAUGCUCGAACCCCACCAACUCAAUCCUAUACUCUGACCACAAUUCCACGCAUCAAAGUUGGAGAGGGUUCUGAACCUACUGAACUGUCUCCGAUGGACCGAGAUUGUGAUUUCGUCCUCGUUAGCUCUCCACCUGCUGCUCCUGGCUCCCAACAAGAUACCGUAUCCCAAGACCAAACCGUAUUUGACGAUACGACACCUAAUAAGAAAGCCCGCUUCCGCCCAAUCCGUCCCAAACCAGCAGCUUUUCCACCCCGGUGCUCGUCAAUCCAAAACUCUCACGUCGUCGAUCCAGACACUACCACAGUCUUCUCCUCAUUCGAUUUCGGCUUCAACAAUCGUGAAACGAAGAACACCACUCCAACCCCAUCUGGUCGACUCUCAGCAAACCCUGUCCGAUUCACCAAUUCCGACGCGACUUUGCAUGAACCGUCACCCACCCGUCCCGCCACACUCCUGGAGCAACUGCAAAGCCAAAGAGAACUGCUUCACACUAGCUCGCCAUUGAGUAAUGCUGAUGAUAUCCAGUUCGCGCGUCUCCUGAAGAACGGAUUGCCGCCCCUUAGUCCUGCGUACGUCGAGAAGGAGGUGAAGGUUCAGGAUCUGAUUGAUCUUUCGAGCAAGGUGUUGGAUUUGGAGAAGGAUGAUCCAAGAAUUGCACCCGUUCUGUCGGUCAUCAAUAAGGUUCUUGAGAAGUUGUUUUCUGGCGAGGCAAUUUGAGGAUGGCUGUUGCAGGCUGGUUUGUAAGUUCAGGGUAGGAUCGUCGAUUAUCGGGCGUUGGUAUGGAGGUUGCUUUCGAUCUUGUAUGUGUCAUGGUCUAAGUUGUAUAGAAUACGUGUAUGGAUAGCAUGUCGAUAGUAAAU